CUGCUAGGGAACAGCAGAUACUGGAGAAAGAGAGAAGAGCAAAACUUCAAUAUGAAAAACAAAUGGAGGAGCGAUGGAGAAGACUGGAGGAACAGAGGCAGAGAGAGGAGCAGAAGAGAGCAGCUGUCGAAGAAAAACGGAGGCAAAAGCUUAAAGAGGAGGAGGAACGUUUAGAAGCCAUGAUGCGUCGGUCCCUUGAACGAAGCCAGCAGCUGGAACAGAAGCAGAAGCGAUGGUCGUGGGGAGGAGCACUGGCUGCAGGCUCAGGAGGGAGAGAUGGUGAAUCAGAAAAUACCCCACCCCCUGUUCUAGGUUUAGCUGCCAACACCCUUCCUCCAGACCCUGUGACCUCUACUGCUCCUGCUGAUUCCUUCAAUGCAUGUGACAAACUUUCAGCUUCUACAAUGAAUCUGCCAAAGCAAAUGGAAUCGCCAAUCAGUAAGCGCCUCUCCUCCUCCACAGCGGCAAUAACACAUUCCCCCGACAGAGCACCAGCUAGUCCUCUUAAAUCUCCCUACAAGCCUUCCCCCACCCGAAGCACUGACAGAAAGAAGGCAACUUCACCCUCCACUUCCGAUGCCAUGAAAGGGGCAGCUGCAGCUGAAGUUACUCAGACUGAGAAGAUAAAGAAAGAGAAGCGACCCACAACACCUGCUUCAUCAUCUGGUAUGGGAUCGCCUCUAAGAAGGUCUGAUUCUCCUGCUGCCAUGUCCCGAAGAUCUGCGUCACCUGCAACACCUAAGACAGUUGCAAAGACUUAUCCUCAGUCUCCUAAAAACGCCAAACAAUAUCCAGCUUCUCCUGUGAAGCAUCGUGCUACUUCUAAUCUCAACCAGGAAACUCCUAAAAAGAAAGCAGACAAGGAGAAAGAAAAUGUCAGUCAUCAAAAAUCCUCGGGAGCACGCACUGAUGAGGCAGGCCAGGUGACUUCUGAGAAGCAUGUGCCUUCUGCAGGAAAGACUGAAAAUAGUGAAGGAAAGAUCACGGCAGGAACAACUGAUGCAGAAGAAGCCUCAAAAAUUCUAGCUGAAAAAAGACGACAGGCCCGUCUGCAAAAAGAACAAGAAGAAAGAGAGAGACAGGAAAGAGAAGAACGGGAGAGGCUUGAAAGAGAAGAACAGAAAAGAAAGGCAGAAGAAGAAAGACUUCGUCUAGAGGAAGAGGCUCGUAAGAAGGAGGAGGAAAGAAAAUGUGAAGAAGAAGCAGCUAGAAAAAAGGCAGAAGAGGAAGCCAGGAGAAGAGCUGAGGAAGAGCAAAUGCUAAAAGAAAAGCAAGAGAAAGAGCUCCAAGCCAAACUUGAGAAACAGAGGGAAGAAGCAGAAAUCAAAGCCCGUGAGGCAGCUGAACAACUUCGUCUUGAAAGGGAACAAAUCAUGCAGCAAAUUGAGCAAGAAAGACUGGAGCGGAAGAAGAGAAUAGAUGAAAUAAUGAAGAGAACAAGGAGGAGUGAAGCACCAGAAAUAAAGAAGGAAGAGCCAAAACUGGAGGUACCAUCAACUUUGAGCGUGGAAAAGCAACCAAAGGACCUUGUUCUCAACCAGCCAGAGAUCAAUGGAUUGGCAACCUGCCUGAAAAAUAAAAGCUUAGAAAGUGCUGCCUCUGUAAUCCCUUCCCAAGAUGUAGUUGCUAAUGGACUAAAGUCAGUUCCAGGACUUAUUCAGCUGGAAGCUGUUGAUGGGAAGUCUAACAGCAUGGAAGAUUCAACAGAUGAGGUUCAGUCCAUGGAUGUGAGCCCAGUUUCAAAAGAAGAACUUAUCUCUAUCCCCGAAUAUUCACCCAUGAAUGAACUCAUGCCUGGUGUUUCUUUGGACCAAAAUGGGACAAGUAAUGCCAAGGCUCUUGAAGAUCUCUUGGAUUUCACAGGCCAAGCUACAUACUCCAAGAUGUCCAGUGAUACCAUUAGCCUAGAUGACUGUAACAAAAACUUGAUUGAGGGAUUUAACAGUCCAGGACAGGAAAAUACACUUAAUUCUAUCUGUUGACAACCUCGCUUUUCCGCAGAACAGAUAAAGAGAUAGCAAUUUGUGGAGGAUAUAUAUCCCUGUGAUGCUACUGGCAGUAAAAUAUGAGCCUGUCACUCGAAAAAGCUUCUGCAGUCCUUGAACACUGGAUUUCAAAUAAUCAGAGCUGAAUAUAACUUUGUCUUCCCAGGGAAUAUGUUGAAUAACAGGCUGCUUUUGGUAGAAACCAAUGAACUAGAGCCUUGAUGGUUUCAGGGAAGACUGAGGGUGCAUUAGAAUUUGAGCUUUAGCUGCUAAUAAAGCACUAUUUCUUCUUUUAAUUUAAAAUUCAUCUCAACACUUCACUGUGAUUUUUACUUGUGCAUUUUAUUUUGAAAUAAUCCUUCUUUAAGCUUUAUCGUACAUCCAUUUAGACAUCUCUUUCUUGUAAAUAAUGAUGAAGUUUGCCCACGGUGCAUUGAAAUGAAAUAAUAUACUGUACUUUAGUUUUGUGCCUAUCUUUUUUGUCUUUAGUAAGGAGUUAUUGGCAACUUUUAUGCAGGUGUAUAAUUCAAAACUAUAGCUGAAGAGGCUUAAAAAA